GGGCGGGGCAGCGGCCGCCCGGGGCUUUGCCCGCUCUCUCUCCGGCGCUGCCAUGGCUCCGCUCCGCUCCGGCCCGGCCUGGUGGCGCGUCCUGUCCCUGGCCGUGCUCGGCCCCGUGCUCUGCGGCCGCUCGGCGCGGGCCGAGCCGGAGCCGGGGCCGGGCCCGGCGGCGGCGGGGGACCCGCACGGGCGGCACCUCUACAGCGCGGAGAUGCUGCGGCACGGCGCCGCCGCCGCCCCCCACUUCGUCAUGUUCUUCGCCCCGUGGUGUGGACAUUGUCAGCGCCUCCAGCCAACUUGGAAUGAUUUGGGAGAUAAAUACAACAACAUGGAAAACCCACAGGUCUAUGUUGUUAAAGUGGAUUGUACUGUAGAUAUUCCACUGUGCUCUGAAUUUGGCGUCCGAGGAUACCCUACGCUAAAGUUGCUUAAACCAGGACAAGAACCUGUGAAAUACCAAGGCCCUAGGGACUUCCAGGCACUGGAAAACUGGAUGUUGGAGAAACUAAAUGAGGAACCAUCUGACCCUGAAUCUGAUGUGGAAGCACCAAAAGCCCCUGAACCUAAGCAGGGAAUGUAUGAACUCUCAGCAGACAAUUUCAAGAUGCACAUAGCAGAAGGUAAUCACUUCAUCAAGUUCUUUGCCCCUUGGUGUGGUCACUGCAAGGCUUUGGCCCCAACCUGGGAACAGUUGGCUCAAGCCUUUGAGCAUUCGGAAACUGUCAAAAUUGGUAAGGUCGACUGUACCCAGCAUUAUGAAGUUUGCUCUGAAGCCCAAGUUCGUGGUUACCCCACACUCCUCUGGUUUAGGAAUGGUGAAAAGGGUGACCAGUACAAAGGGAAAAGGGAUUUUGAUUCCUUGAAAGAAUACGUGGAUUCCCAGCUACAGAGCUCUGGAAAAGAGCCACCAGCAGAUAAACCUGUUGAAGCCCCACAGCCACCUGCAGAGCCCACCCCUGUCGAGGGGCAGGCUGCAGUGCUCUCUCUCUCUGAAAAAGACUUUGAUGCAACCAUUGCUAGGGGGAUCACUUUUAUUAAAUUCUACGCUCCAUGGUGUGGUCACUGUAAGAACUUGGCUCCAACCUGGGAGAACCUUGCCAAAGAGCAAUUUCCAGGUUUGACUGAUGUCAAAAUAGCAGAAGUGGACUGUACUGUGGAACGUAACGUCUGCAACAGAUUUUCUGUACGUGGUUAUCCUACACUUCUGCUUUUCCGAGGUGGAAAGAAAGUCAGUGAACACAAUGGAACGAGAGACCUUGAAUCACUGCAUAACUUUGUCUUGCGUCAGGCAAGGGAUGAACUGUAAUAAAAGUCUGGAUGCUCUGUC